GUUAGGAUUGGAAAAGAUUCAUCAAUUGUUGAAGCGGGAACGACACGAGCUGCUGGUGGUUAUGAAGCGGAGAAACGGAAAGCUAGAGGGUGCACGGUACGCGUGGGUCACGGUCGCAGGAGAGGACGAAGACUAUCGUCUAGAUUUGGGUAGCUAUGCGUACGGAAGUGCCGGGCAAACUAUGGAGUACAGUCGGGGAGCAAAGUUUUCCACCUCGGAUAGGGACAAUGACGGGACGGGAAAGGAAUGUGCCGAUCAGCUGCGUAGCGGUUGGUGGUUUCGCGAUUGUAAAGAUCCACCAGCAAACACAAAGCAAAGCAACAUUCCCUCUCUUUGCGAUCACCCGCUUCAUCCUUACGAAGGCCAUUUCUACAUGGGGGAUAUCUGCCUGGAGGAAACACGGAUUCUGAUUCGUGAGCUAUAA